AUGGCUCAGGAGACAAACCAAACCCAGGUGCCCCUGUUGUGUACCACAGGCUGUGGAUUUUACGGCAGCCCCCGGACCAACGGGAUGUGCUCCGUUUGCUAUAAGGAGUUUCUACAGAGACAGCAGAGCAGUGACCGGAUAAGUCCCCCAGCGCCCAGUGGUCCCAACAGCAGCCCCAUGGCUUCGGAUUCGAUUGCAGGGCAGCAUGCAGAGGGAGACUCCACGCCUGAGGAUGUGAAAGCCAGUGCUCAGACUCCCGUGACCCAUCAGAUGACGGCCAUGAGCAUAUCCAGAGAAGAAAACAGCGGUGAGACAGAAGAACUCAUCAAGACAGAAGAAGCCUCAUCAGCAUCUUCCUCAUCAGGUACCGUGCUUGAAAUAUCCCAGAACACAGCUGAGAGCAAGACAGCUUCAGAAAAGCCGAAACAGAAGAAGAAUCGCUGCUUCACUUGCCGGAAGAAGAUAGGGCUAACUGUGGUCCCCUCCUUCAUCCGACCCUCCUUCUGCAUUCGUGGAGCUUCCUGGCCCAGCAGGAAAUCCGACAUGCACGCCUGCCCCUACGACUACAAGGCAGAAGCUGCCGAGAAGAUCCGCAAGGAGAACCCCAUCGUUGUUGCUGAGAAGAUCCAGAAGUUGUGA